AAAAAAUAAGUAUCAAGCAUGGUCAUCAAGCACCUCCUGGGUCCCUCCAUACUCCAUACGCUCUAGCUCAAGAAGUCUCAAUCUUCACCGAAUUCCAAAUCUCCAGUUCUCAGGUCAACUGAUACUGAAAGAUGGCAUCUCAGUCCGAGUCCGAGUCCGAGGCCAUCGAACACAUCGUCCUGUUCAAGGUGAAAGACGAGGCCGAACCAUCGAAGGUGAAGGCGUGGCUCGACGCUCUCAACGCCUUGUCCUCCCUCGUCCAAGUGGCACAGCUCACCGCCGCCCCAUUAAUCCAAACUACCACCACCUCCUCCUCCGCCACUUCGCUCAACUUCACUCACAUCCUCCACAGCCGCUACAACUCCAAGCAAGACCUCAAAGCCUACACUAUCCACCCCCGCCACGACAGCGCCGUCAAAGAUCACGGCUUGCACAUAGUCGAAGACAUCAUGGCCUUCGAUUGGGUCGCCCCCGAUCUUCAUCUGGCGGUCACACCCAAACCCAAACCCGGGUCCGCAAUUCGAGUCAGCUUCUUCAAACUAAAGGAAGAAGAUGUAAAAAAAUCAGAGAUACUUGGGGUUUUAAAAGAAACGAAGGAUGGUUUGUUGUUGGGGCAGCAUAAACAAAUUAGUGAGUUGAGUUAUGGAGAGAACUUUUCUACAGAGAGAAGCAGAGGGUACUCGUUAGCUUAUCUGGCGGUUUUUCCUGGACACACAGAGUUGGAGGAUUCGAAUGAGGAAUUGGGGAAGUUGAAACACAAGUUUACGGAUUUUGUCGAGAGUGAGGUCGUCGUCGAUUUCCUCAUCCCCUCCUCCUCCUCUGUUUAAUUAUUUAAUGACUGGAUUUGGAAGGAUUCACUUUGUUUUGUCCUCACUCUGUGUCUGUGUGUGUGUGCAUCUAAGAAUAAGAGCAAGAUUUCACUGCAAACUUUGCUAUUUGUGUUUAAUUGAGUGCAACGACCGAGUGUAUUUUAACCUAAGAAUAAUGUGUAAACCAUGCAUAUUUAUUGGGAUGGAGGAUUUAACUUUCAAAUCCGUGUGCAAAAAAAUACCUCCUCCUUGUAAUUUUCAUUCAAUGUAAAAUAUUGCUAUUACUUUGAGAGAAAUUUUGGUUUCUUCAUCUAA